CGGGGACGGGGACGAGAGGGCUUCGGGGCUGCGGCGGGAAUGUCAGGGUGCUCACUGGGCUUUGCUUCUUAGUUGAAGGAUGAGAAGUAGUAAGGAGUCGUUUUUUGUGAAGUUCAUAAGGUCUCCCCGGAGCUCGGAGUAUUUUUCUAAAGCUCUUGAGUCUAUAAAAGAAUUCCAGUCAGAAGAACAUCUCCAGAUCCUCGAAGAAGCGGCAGUACUCAAUAUAAAAGAAAAUGAUAAAUCACUUUACAUUUGUGAUCCUUUCAGUGGCGUGGGUUUCAGUCAUCUCAAAAAGCUUGGCUGUAGGAUUGUUGGACCACAGGUAGUUCUGUACUGCAUGCAGUCGCAGCGGUGUGUCCCGAGAGCUGAGCACCCCGUGUUCAACAUGACCAUGGCCGAUGUCACCGUGUCCUGUACCAGCCUGGAGAAGGAUGUGAGGGAAGAAGUUCAUAAAUACGUGCAAAUGAUGGGUGGAUGUGUAUACAGAGAUCUCAACGUGUCAGUGACUCAUCUUAUAGCUGGAGAAGUUGGCAGCAAGAAAUAUUUGGUAGCUGCUUCCCUGAAGAAACCUAUUUUGCUUCCCUCUUGGGUUAAGACAUUGUGGGAUAAGUCUCAGAAAGGCAUAAUGAGGUACACUGAUGUUAACAUGGAAGACUACGCCUGUCCUGUGUUCCUUGGCUGCACGAUUUGUGUCACUGGCUUAAGCAGCUCCGACAGGAAAGAAGUGCAGCGCCUCACUGCUGAGCACGGUGGGCAGUACACGGGGCAGCUCAAGAUGAAUGAAUGCACUCACCUCAUAGUUCAGGAGCCAAAAGGUCAGAAGUAUGAAUGUGCCAAAAAGUGGAAUGUGCACUGUGUGUCUGUGCAGUGGUUUUCUGACAGCAUCAAGAAAGGCUUCUGUCAGGAUGAGACAAUGUAUAAAAUAGAGGCUGGAUCAAAACUGAGUAAUGCACCCAGUACCUCAACACCUACCAAUGACACCAGCAAGCCUACUAGUCAUGCCUUUUCGGAUGUCAGCCACAUUUCCAAUAUAAAUUUGAGUGGAGUUAAUGAAACUGCAUGUAGUUCAGCUAUGAGCAGCAGACUGGAUCCUGUUUCUGAUGAGCUGGAAAACCUGGACAUAAGUUCUUUUCAAGCCGCUGAAGAUCUGUUAGAUGGGUGUCGGAUCUAUCUCUGUGGCUUCAGUGGCAGGAAGCUGGACAAGAUGAGAAGGCUUAUUAAUUGUGGUGGUGGCGUUCGAUUUAAUCAACUUAAUGAAGAUGUUACUCAUGUCAUUGUGGGGGAUAACAACGAUGAGCUGAAACACUUUUUGGACAAGACGGCUCACAGGCCUCAUAUAGUGACAGUGAAGUGGUUGCUGGAGUCAUUUGGUAAAGGUUGUCUGUGUCCAGUGGAGCACUAUAUCCCUCUAAACUACCAGCAGUUAGAGAAUCCAAUUUUAGAACAACCUGGAAUGAAGUCAGUUUUUCCAAAAAAAACCAGUCUCUUGAAGAAAGAUGCUAUGAACAGUAUAAAGCACCAGAAAACUGCUGAAGAUGACUUCCUCUCUCAAUAUGUAGAUAACUACUCUGCACUAGAUGAAGUUGAAAAACUAGCAUCCUUCAGUGAUGUGACAAACUCAACUGCCCAAGGAGAGAAUCAACCUUCUGUCUGUAAUGGGACUUUGGCAGAGUCUUCUGCACUGGCUGAAGGAGGCUUAUUUUUCAGGAAGAGAUUUCUUCUCCUGGGUUUUGGUGAAGAGGAUGAGUCCUGCAUUGCAGAUAUUAUAAAGGAGAAUGCUGGGGAAGUUCUGCCACUGCAGAGCAGAACCAUUGCAGACUAUGCUGUGGUACCUUUAUUAGGGUGCACCGUGAAGGCAACUGUUGGUGAUGUCGUCACAAAUACGUGGCUGAUAACAUGCGUGGAACAGCAGGCCCUUUUAGAUCUCCGAUCCAAUCCACUUUUCACACCAGUCCUGGUAAUGGAAGGAGCUACCCCUCUGGAAGAUUGUGUUCUUUCUUUUAGCCAGUUCACGGGUGCAGAGAGAGACUCCCUUGCUUAUCUGGCAGAAAUGCUGGGAGCCAGAGUCCAGGAAUUCUUUGUGCGGAAAGCCAGUGCGAAAAAAGGAAUGUUUGCCAGCACCCAUCUCGUGGUGAGAGAACCCAACGGCUCCAAGUAUGAAGCUGCGAAGAAGUGGAAUUUGCCAGCAGUCACUGUAGCUUGGCUUUUGCAAUCUGCAAGGACAGGAAAGAGGGCAGAUGAAAGCAAGUUCUUGGUUGAAAAUGCAGAGGCUGAAGAUAUGGAGAGUUUCAUUACUCAGCUUAGCAAGACACCAGCAACUGUUAAAUCUCCUGAUUUGGAACAGCCUAUUCAUCUUCUUGAAGCUGGAAAAAAACCUGUGACUCCCCUUGAUAUCAACAGGUUUCAGAGUAAAGCUUUCCAAGCUGUAAUCUCUCAUCAUACUGGGAAGACAACUCCUGUUGCACAAGGGGGACCACUUCAGAAAGAACCAUCUUUAAAUCUUGAUACACCAUCAAAGUUUCUUACUGAAGACAAGUUCUUCAAGCCUUCUUUUGAUGUAAAGGAUGCUCUGGAUGCUCUGGAAACUCCUAGAGGUCCUGAACAAAGAACCAGGAAACUGAGCACGCCUCUCUCUGAAGUCAUCGGCAGAAACUUGAAACUGGCACUAGCAAGCAGCACAAAUCAUGCAGCAGCUCUUACUGCCAGCCCUCAGUUGGCUGCUGCACAGCCAGAAGUGGAAGAAGAGCCCAAGCCUCUAGCUGAUGCUGUUAUAUAUGUUAGUAAAAAACUUAGUAAGAGGCAAAGGGAGCUGAAUGCAGUAGCAGCUUCUCUUGGAGCAGACUACAGAUGGUGCUUUGAUGAAACAGUAACACACUUCAUCUACAAGGGCGGACAGAAUGAUAACAAUAAGGAAUACAAAUCUGUUAAAGAACGGGGUAUACAUAUUGUUUCAGAACAUUGGCUUUUAGAGAGUGCCCGAGAAUGUAAACGGCUUCCUGAAUCUCUCUUUCCUCACACUUACAAUCCCAAAAUGAGCCUGGACAUCAGUGCAGUGCAAGACAUCAGGCUCUCCUCCUCCUCCAGUAAACCUCUUUCAACUGGAAAACCAGCAGAGGAAAAUGAGAUUAUUCCAGUGGAUGAAGAUGAUGCUGAAGAUGAUGUAACUACUGACCAAAUUAAGGAAACAGUCACUGUAGAGGAAGAGCAAAUUGUAGCAAGUGAAUCCAAAGGAGUUUUAACUCAAGCACUAGAAAUGAGGGAGAACUUCCAAAGGCAGCUGCAGGAGCUCAUGUCUGCCACAUCACUAGUGAAACCACCAGGGCAAAGAGGUUCCCUUUCAAGGAGCAGCUUUGAUGGCUCUCCAGCCACUCCUGAUAGCGCACGGUCUGUGCGAAAUGGCCGCAGUAGGGUCUUGGAAGCUCUAAGGCAGUCCCGCCAGGCACUGGCAGAUAUAAAUACAGAGCCAUCCCAGAGUGAGCAGAUCAUUUGGGAUGAUCCUACUGCAAGGGAAGAGAGAGCAAGACUUGUCAGCAACCUUCAGUGGCCUAAUAGUCCCUCUCAGUACCUCGAGCAAGGUCAGAGUAACACCAAUAAGAACAUGGAUGAGUCUGCCCUCAAAGGAUUUGUACCUGAUGCAGAGAUGGCUGGUACAGCUGUUGCUGAGGCUGGGCAUGGAGAUGUGGUUGAAAAUCUGAAGAUUCCCAUAUGCAGAGAUCCUGAAACACCAAUUAAGGAUAACUUGAUCCCUACUCCACAGGCCCCCAGCAUUGCUUUCCCCCUGGCUAACCCUCCUGUGGCACCAGAGCCCAAAGAAAAGGUUGUUACUGAAGAUGAGAAGGCUGAUGAAAAAACAGAAAAAGUCCGUAAAUUUCAGCUGUCUUCUCUUAAUCCUCAAGAAAGAUUCGAUUACUGCCAUCUGAUUGAGAAAUUAGGUGGAAUAGUACUUGAGAAACAGUACUUUGAUGCGAGCUGCACACACAUUGUUGUGGGACAUCCUCUUCGGAAUGAGAAGUUCUUGGCUUCGAUGGCAGCUGGAAAGUGGGUGCUCCAUCGUUCCUACCUGGAGGCGUGUAGAGGAGCUGGCUGCUUUGUUCAGGAAGAAGACUAUGAGUGGGGAAGUAACUCCAUACUUAAUGUUUUGUCUGGAAUCAAUGUGAACCAGAAGAAACUAGCACUGGCAGCCAUGAGGUGGAGGAAAAAAAUUCAUAAAGGGAAGCAAGAAACAGGUGUUGUUGAGGGAGCUUUCAGUGGCUGGAAGGUGAUCCUGAAUGUUGAUCAAACCAAGGAAGCAGGAUUCAGGCGUCUUCUUCAGUCAGGAGGAGCAAAAGUGUUCUCUGGCCAUUCUGCAUCUCUCUUUAAAGAAGCAACUCACCUCUUUGCUGACUUCAGUAAGCUGAAGCCAGAUGAUUCCAGGGUGAACGUGGCAGAGGCGGCAGCCCAGGGAGUGAACUGCCUGAAACCUGAGUACAUCGCUGACUACCUCAUCCAGGAUCCACCUCCUCCUAUGGAGUCUUACUGCUUGCCAGAAGCUGAGUCUUACCUUCAGAAUAACUCAGAUCUUGGAAUUGGAUCAUCCCAGAAAAGGAAAGCACUGGGAGAAAUGAGUAGAGUCAAGCGAUCCAGAAUACACUAAACAUAUUCUCUGUUCUUAAUCUGUACAUUUUUAAAUUCAUAUUUAUAUUUUUUCAUUCUUGCCCAAAAAAUUAAAAGCUUUGAGUUUUACUUCUAACUUGUCCUGAGAUUAAAAUAAACUUGCAGUAAUGCUUAUAGGAAAAAUUGCUGUGGUUACCAGUGGCAUCUAAAACAUGGCAAGAAUUACAUCCAAAAUAUACUUCACCUUGUCCAAACUAUCCCAUCACUAGACUAGUGAUUUUGUGUGUGGACACAGUUGUAUAACAAUAGUUCAGAAAUCAUUUGUAAAAUGCUUAUCACAUCUUUUAUCUGUGUGUUUUGGGGAAAAUACCAAUUGAUGAGAAUUCCAUUGCAUUUCCCAUAUAGUAAUAGACUUAGAUUUUUACAUUAUUUUUCAUCUUUUGGUAUUUUCUAUUGGAAGGGAAGAGAGAAAUCUGACAAAAAGAACUGGCUUGUAAAUUUUUGUACUAAUAGAGGGUGUAUUAAAUUAUUUCUAUAGACUACAGGUGCUGUUGCUGCCAUCCUGAGUGCUAAUAAUCUGCUCAGCAACUGUAGAAACAAUUCUGUUACCCAAGAGGUGAAGCUUGUCUUGACCAUGUUCCCUGUUUGAGUCUGUGACAGGAACCAGAGGCAGACAAAGACUUCAGUUUCUGGCAGCUGGAAGUGUUCUUAGACAGCCAGAAUAUUUGACAAAGUCUUAAGUCUUUUCAGUAACAGUGGGUCUGGGUCUGUUUUUACAGAACUUCAUGUAUGUGAGUGCACUGUGUUAAUCUGGGCAAAAGUGUUCUCAUGGAACUGAAGAGCUGUAUUUAAGCAGCUGGAAUUACUGCAGCCUGCUUGAACAGAAAAGCACAGCAUCCAGUUGCACAGGACCAGUGGAGUUGUCUGGAAGAAUACAUGUAACACUGAAGUCUAUUUAAUUUACUUCUUUUUUUUUUUUUUUUUGAUGGCCAGGGUGCAUUUUACGUUUAUUUUCUAUCUACUGAAUACGUUUUUUUAGAAACGGUUUGCAUCAGUAUUUGUUGCAGAUCCAAGACUGAGCCACAAGCAUUUAAGCCUUGUACAACCUGGAGAGUCACUCUGGGCUGGGCAGAACAAACCUUUUGCUGCUUGGGGAAGGACAAAGAUACCUGAGCUGUGGGGUCUCUAGGUGAGAGAGAACAGGAAAGCAGCUUGUCUUUAUGUGCAAGGCUGUACUUUGUGCUUCUGAUUUCCUACUUUAGCGCAGCAGAUUUUUUGUCAGUGAGCUCUGCAACCUGCUGUCAGGAUGACCUGAAGGAAUUGUCAGAGAGUAUUGAGAAUGAAUGUGAGGGAUUUGAUUCUUUUAAAGUAAAAUCUGUGCCCCUAUCCCUGGGGUCUUGGCUGUGACAAGACUGCUAUGUUAAGCUGCAGUGACUACCAUCUUUUGGAGUUUUUUUUUUAAUAACAGCUUGAUGUUUUUUUGGUAUAUGUGGACAUUAAACAUGUCCAACUUGUUCCAAGUCCACAUACUGAAAAUAAUGCCACUGUUAGUGCCUGAACAUCACAUUUUUAAUUGACUUGAACUUUGAAUUCUGUAUUUCACUGUUCUACCUCUGAAGUGCUGCUUUGUAUUGCAGGCAUUUGAAAUAGGUGUGUUACCAGGCAAGACCUAAGGUUCCUUUGACUUUUUCUUCCCAAUCUCCAGAAGCUGCUGUGGAAGGCUUUCUUCACAGGAAACAUCAUGAAAGUGCUUUACACAGUUUGAAUACCAUUACUCUACCAUGGGACAAAAGGACAACAGGUGUGUGCGCUGCACAGUUAGAAGUUGUCAUAUGCAGAAGCCAUGAUAGGUAAACCAGGGUAAAAAAAACCAACAAAACUACUGACAAAAAUAUAUAUAGUUCAGGUUUUGAACUUAAGUUAUGACUAUUAACACAAAAAAAUAUAUAAAUAUACAGGCACCAUUAGGUUCCUGUGUUAACUGUGGGGGCCACACAGGGAUUCUCAGAAACAGAUCAUAUUGAACUCUGCUGAAACAGUUUCUGCUGUGCUCCAUAGGCUCCCAGCCAACCAUUUCCCCAGACAGUAUAAUUUUUUUUUUUUUGUACUACACUGAGUCCACAAUUAUCUUAAUUUCUUCACAUUAAGUCUGGUGCUGAGGCAUUCUGGUACAUUAUUGAAAACAAAUUCAGGGAUUUUUUUUUUUCCUUUUGAUUUACAGAGGGAUCCUCUUACAAUUCUUCCCUCAGUAUUCUCUUCAUUAAAAAAAAAUUAAAAUGCUUUAGGCUAGAUCCUGCUGUACAGGUAAGACAGUUUUGUUUAAGCUAGAGCAUUACCAGUCAUGUAAUCCUACUCCUUUCCAUAGCUGAGCUGUGUUGUACUGUGAACAGUGCUACUGCCUCCCGUUUGCUGUAUUCAGUGGGAAUUCAGCUCCCAUGUAGCCUCUGACCCAGGUUUCAGUUCUUCAAGGAGACCAUACUUACUUGCUAGGCAGUUUUGCAAUGUUUGUGAUACUACAGCCCUGACAAAAACAAUGCAACAUGAUCAAGACUCAGGAAUUCUUGCCUGCUGCUUUUUGAAUAAGUGGUGAAUAAUUCAGGCACCUUACUCAGAAAUCCUUGGCAUGGUAAUAAUGUAGAUGAACAGAACAAGGAGGGAAUACUCUAGGGCAAAGAAAGGUCAAAAGAUUUUUGCUGAGUUUUGAGUUCCAGGAAAACCAGUGAGCAGAGCCCAUUACCUAGAAAACACUGUCAUACCAGUUUCCAAAGCCACUUUGCCUUUUUCCCCAGUUCCCAGAGUAGAGACACAGUGCACGGUCAAAGAACUUGUCAGUCCUGAAGGUUACUGGGCAGUUAGUAAGUAACAGUACAGAGCUACAGUGGCAAGACAGGGCCUGGGUGAGUACCAGCAGAGGUGAGGCUUCCAGAGGCAUGGGAGAGGCUAUGAAGUAUUACAUUCUAACAACUUUCAGAUUCAUUGGCUCUGUUUUCCCACCCACGUCCUCAAAAAGUUAAAAAUUCCCAACUCCCCUUGGCCAACUUAAUGGACUCCCAGCAGCCAUGACUGUUUUUUGACAGAGUACUGCUGUAAUAGAACACUUAACAGAUACAGAUCUUGGAUGCAGCAUCCAAGGUACAUUGUUCUCAACCUGGUAUCAGCAUUAGUACUGGAAGGCAGCUGCUCUCCAGGAUGUGGUACUCUGAUAAUUGAGGUAAUGCAGCUCUCAAGGGCCAGGCUGUGCAUCCUACCAGGCUUGAGUCUGCCCUUAUGACACAUCCUUUGUAUCUGUAAACAUAACAUGACUGGGAAAUGCAGUCAGUGCUUAAAGACAACUUCAUUUACAGCUCCAUGCUCUUUAAAGCACAAGAUGAUGAGAAUGAAGAGAUGAAACAAACCACAGAGAUUUAGCCUACCCUCCAGUGUUGCUUCAUUUCAAAUACUGUAAUGCAGUUUCAAUAUCCAGUUAAAUACUACUCCAGGUAUAUUAGAUUGAGCAUGGCUGAGCUCAUGUGGUGCUGGUCAGAGACUAAGUAACAGUAAUGCAUCUGCUUCAUCUCUGGCACAAAGAGGAGAAUUAUCCAGAAAUUUAAAACAAGUUUCUAUGGGGCUUGUUCACUGGCACUUGAUUCUGGCUGUCACACCUAAAUGCCAAAUGAUCCCAAAUCUCUGAUCUCAAAUCAAAUGUUAAUGAAACUGACUUUGUGUGACAGAAAUAACUCCAUUGAAACCAGUGAGUUUAAGGUCUGGGAGACCAUACACAUAUUUUGUCUUUUUCUCAAAAAAUUUGUUUAUUGUAUCAGCCAGUUUUUAUGGUUUGAAUCCCUUUGCUAUGGCUGUACAUACUCUGAAAGAUAUACAAAAUAAGUGGUUUGUUUUAAUUAAAAAAGGAAGCUUAUGAUAAUAUUUUAACUUGCCUACGGUUUUCCGUAGGCAAGUUACUUGAAAUAAAGCAGAUGGAUGUAAUGUGAUGACUUCAUUGCUGUAACUGAGCUAGAAUGGAAAUUCAGUACAGAAUAUAGGAGACAUGAAAAGGACUAGAAAACAUCAGAUUGAGCAAAAAUUAGUGAGAGUUUGCCAUGCUACUCGCUGCCAGAAGAGUGGAUUAUAUACAUGAUACUGAAGACUUCAGUACAUCGAAUGGCAAAAGCCGAUCCCCAUGGAAGUUACUGGUGAUUGACAGGAUAUUCUAAAUUAGUCUAAAUUUGGCAAAUCAGGGGCAGGUGAGUUGUCAACAGGAAAAACCAAGGCAAUAAAUACUGGAAAGGUUUCAAACCACUCAUACAUGCUCUGGUAGAAGUUGUGACAUGAGUCUGAAUUAGUUGUGAUCUUUCAAGGGGACGAUCUAGGCAUCACCAGGGGCAGCUUGAUGAAGACAUCUGCUCACUGUGUAGUUGCAGUCAAGAAAGCGAAUAAGUUGUUAGGCUGUAUUAAAGACAGAACAAUACAGAAAAAUAUUACAGCAUCUGUUUCUCUUAGUGGUGAUAAUGAAUAUUUGCUGUUUCUUCAGCACCUUAAAAAAAGUGACAUGUUAGAAAAAUAAGGCAGGAAAGUGGUAAGAGAAUGGAAGAAGCAGCUCCUUGGAGCUGGAAGGACAGUAAAACUAAGGUAGUUUAUUUGUUAAUAAGGGGAUAGAUGACAAACAUCUUAAAAGCAAUUCUCCUUCCCACCAUGUAAGACACAUACUUGAAAGUCAUUUUAAUCACCUACCAAUAAAUAUAUGGACCUUAAUUUCACUCAUUACCAUCCUCACCAUAAGUAUUCCAAAAAACCCCACCUUGUUCUUCAGUGCUUAUUAUUCAGCUAGCUAAACAUUUUCUCUGAAGCAACUGCCAGUUUGUUGAAAUUUAACAGUAAUCAUUUCUGACAGAGAACUGUCACAGCUGAUGCACAACAACAACUGUCUUAGAGGUGCUGCAAUGAUAAAAUUUCAAUAAGAGAAUGUCUUCUCUCUGUCCAGGACCAACCAGAGCUCUCAUUUGUCUGUAUGCAGGCCACCAUAGUGUUGUUCUCUGGUUCUAUUUGAAGCACCAUUGUAAAAGCUGAGCAAUGAACCUUGAAAUCACCAGCAAAAGCACACAAAGGCGCAUUUGUAAGUUACUACUUCAUGUUACUUCAGCUAACUGAUAAAUCAGCAGAUAAUAAGUACAAUAAUUGCCUCUGCUGUAUCUGUAUUCCUUCCUCUUACCUAUUCUGCUUAUCCCACUCACACCUAAGUUUUUGAUAGUUUCUUCUCUUUAUUUCAUAACACCCCCUCCAUGGCCAACUAUUUCCCUUUUGUUCAUUCAUUUCCUCUACAAUUUGACUUAAUACCAGCUUUUACAAUUUUUGAAGAUUAUUCUCUCUCCCUAUUUCCCUUGUAUCUGCAUGCCAUUUCAACUUAAGUAAGGGAAAGAAUAAAGAGCAGGAAAAAGUGUUUACACAUGGAGAGAAGAAAAACACAUUCCUGUGACAAAAUACCCCUUAGUAUCAGGAGUGAACAUUUCUGGUUCACAUGAUUUGAACAAACUUUAAAACAGCCACAUUAUAAGAAAUGGCUAUCAACUGUGAGCAGGAUUUUAUUUCAGUCAUGGGGUUUACAAAAUAAAGCAAUAUUGAUUUUAAAAUGAUCCACAUAAAAACAAAUAACCUCAUUAAUAUGCCAUUUGGGUUGCACAGAUAAUUGAAUAGAGGAAAUACCAGUUGAGUGCUCAGCCUGAACUUUUUCCUUACUCAUACAUACUAAAAUAAGUCAAAUUACAUAAUACUUAAAUAGGACGUAUAUUACAUUCCAUAGAAAUAAGCCUUUGCCAAAGUAGUAUUAAAAUACUAUAAUAAAAGCUAAUUUUAAUAAAGAUUUUUAGUCCUCUGUAGAACCUUCCAUCAGCCCCAGCCCUUGACAAAGAACAGCUUUGGCCUCACAACAUCCCUGUGAGGUAGGUUGUUGGUUAUUUUGGUACAGCUGGGGAAACUGAGGCAAAGUGAAACUAAAUUAUUUGAACAUAGCAGCUCAGUAGAAAACCUAGGCCAGAUCCCACUCUCUUGGUCCCACGCUUCCCAUGCUCUUGCUCAGAAAUGGGCUUGGCUUCUUUUCAGUGCACACAGUUCUUUUAGAUGAUACUUUCCAAUCCAAUAUUCCAGACACACUGCUUUUCCUGGUGACUCAUUAAUACUGUGAUAUGUUUUUAGUAUUUGUAUUCUGGCUAUGCAGAACUUCGCUGAAGUGAACACUGAACUUCAUUAACCUUGCUGCAUCAACACAUACUCUUAAGCAACUGAAGAGAAAUCCAUGAUGUAUGUACCAUUUAGAAGCUACUUCAUUAAAAAAAAAGUCUUCAUAGCUAUUUGAAACAAUGUCUCAGCCUUUAAUCAUGUAGAAGUGAAAAAUAAUUUUCUUAAAUACACAAUUUAUUUCCUAAGAGGAUUGUUGAGCCAUCUUGAAAUUUGUCCUCAGUUUUCUCUUUAGGCAAUGGGUCAGCUUCAUACUAAUGCAAAAUCCUACCUUCUCUCUGAGCCCAUUCUCCCAAUUCAUUGAAAGGAAGAAAUAAAAUGUGCUGCCUUCCCCAAGUAUUGAACUUUAAACAGUUUUGCUGAUUUAAAGUCAGAUGAAUCUGUCACAUGUUCAAGCAGUGCCUACCCACACAGCACUUGUACUAUCCAACAUCUGACACUCCACUCCCUCAGGCUAUACACUUAAAGCUGUCAUUUAGAAAACAGCCCUCCUAAUCCCUCUCUUCAUAUAGCACCCGUGUUUUAUUUGCAUAAUUUCCACUCUCCCUAAUUUAUUUAUUUAUCUUCCUUUCUGCUUUAUUUCACUUCAAACAGAACACAGCAGAACUACAGGUGAUGCCUGAGAAGCCAAACUUUAGAUACACAAUUGUAAUGACUUAGACUCCUCAGUUCUGUUUUCUGCUGUCACUUCCUCCUCCAACUCCUAGAGCUUUGAGGCUCUUGUAUUAACCUCAGUAAAGACAAGCUGUCUUUUUAACUUUUUCUGGAGUUUAUCUGCAAAUAUAUGUCAAAUUUCAUCCCCUCUGUACAUACCUAAUUCAGAUACCUGAAGUUUGAGUACACUUACUCUUUUCUUAUACUGCUUCAUAAAAGCCCCUAUUUAACAUUAAAAACAAGUUGUAACAUUAAAAUCUGAAAACAGGGAGAGAGAAUUUGGGAACAAAGUUACAGUCCAGCAACAAAACCUGGAUCAUGGCUGUUCAUAAAGAUUAUAUAGUAUUCAAGGUGGUUUUGGAAUAAUUUAGCUUCUUGGGCCAAUGAGGUAUAAAUUUCUGACCAUGUCAAUAUUGCGGAGAAUAAUAUUACUACCUUGUAAGUAAGCAACCUUAUUUAAGCACAUGAAGCCCUAUUAAUUCCUGCUCCAUUUUAGUUAGGGUAUUUAAAAGAAAACCACAAGCAAGUUUAAAACUGCUCAACCAGGCAGAAAUUAGAAAGGCAAAAAGCUACAACUAUUGCAAAAGCUCAGAUAAGCAAACUCCAAAGAUGUGCAGCCCAAUUGAAUUUAUAUUGUGUUACUUGACCUGAACACAGGGGUCUCAGCCAUGGUGUGGUCAAAGUUUCCAAGAGCUGGCACAUGCAGUCAAAUACCAAAAGCCCUCUUCCCUGUGGUGUGAGGCCUCUAGCACAACUGCUACCAUUAAAAAUUCAUCUAGGUUACUGUGGACACGACUGGUAAAGCCAGCCACAAAAACAAAACUGAAGUAGUUUUGUACAGGACGCAGUCCCUUUUAAAUGUCAAUUCCUCUUCACUUGUGAAUAUGAUUGAACAUUACACAGCUAAACUGGGAGAGAAGGGCAGGGGCAAAACUAAUCCUCUCCUAUAUUUAUCAUCAGCUCAAGUAAAUACAUAUUCCAGAUACCUACAGUAGGCAUUUGGGAAGUCCAACUUUAUUAAAAUUACCUGGUUUUUAGCAUUUGAACAUCCUUAAGUACAGACUAUCACUGAGAAACACAAAUCCAAACUGUUCUUUUCCCAGUAAGCACUGGACAUGUCCAUGUUCUACCAGCAAAUUGGUAACUGUAUGGCUAUGUUUUAUUGUAAGCCAAAGUAAAACAGAACCUUUAAAUUGGGAAUUAACAAGCGACCCACCAAAAAAGCAUGUCACAUGCCAGGGAGUCCCUGAAGCAGCACACAACUCCAUUAUAUGGACUGGCAUCAAGAAUCUCACUUCUACAACUGACAACCCUUCAUUUAUGGAAUAAGCCUUCAACAAGCAUUUUGAAGGAAUGAAAAGGACAUUCUUUGCAUGCCUUGAAGGAAAGCAACAAAAAACCAGGAUAACGCUGGACUUCAAGAGUCUCCAAAGUGUACCGAGCUUCUGCAGGGAACUGACUCAAAAUUUCAGGCAUGCAGAGCAAUUACAAGGCAGAUACUGACAACUGGCAUUUUGAUAGCUGGUGGCAGCUAUACUUAACACAAGAAACGCUUCUUUUAAAACACUGUAAUGUUCUGUACUAUGGAAAUGUGCUGCAUUUUUGAUUUUUUUUUUCCUUAUGCCUCCAGAAAGAAACUGGAAUGAUAUGCUUGAGAGAAGCCCCCAAAGGAACACCUUUAGUUAUCAGUACCCAAUGGGCUCCAGUGAUAGCAGCCAUGCAGAGGUUGCAGUUUUUUUCCCCAUUCUUUAAUUUAGCAGAAGUACCUUUAAGUGAAAAGCAAAUCAAAGCUUCAUUCAUACCCAACUCACAAUCUCAAACCAGUCCUCUGUGGUGGGAGCAAGAAGACACUGUGCCAAGAAGCAAACUAAACUUCUAUGUAUAAAUAAGAGUUUUAUUGAUAUUCACUGCUAUAAGCUCUGAAACAGAGCCCACCUGACUGUAAGGACAACUGUCCGCUCCAAGAGCUAUCCCUGAAGAGAUCCAAAUGCUCUGUUUCCUCUGCUAUUGUACAGCCAUGAGCUCAAACUAAAAUGUAAAGACUCACUAGACUCCAAAAUCCAUGUAUAUUUCCAUUUUAUUUGAUUUGAAACUUUUACAGGGUUUUCUUAAACUGCCAGGAUUCAUGCCCAAAAACCUCAGAUAAAGGUGGUACAAUGGACAGUCUCAUCUACCCUUCACAAAGGAGACUAAAACUCUAUUCAUGUGCAUUAGUGAUUGCAAUCUCUUUAGAGCAUCAGGAAAAGCAUAAGACUUCACAUCUCUACCCCAUCAAGUGACAUGUCCAUUUACCAUGAAUUCCACAGAUAUUGUGACAACAACACUUUUGCUGGCAACAAUGGAUUUUCAAGGAAGAUACAUGGCUCAGAGUCCAAGGUAUUGGUAGCAGUCUUUCAGUGGGGUUUUGUUUCCAAAUGAAGUGUCCAACUUUAGGAAUAGUCUCUUGAGCCAUCUCUUUAAUAGCAGCUUCUAGCAGAAUUUUUAUGGACAGUUAACUCUGCAAGGGCAAGGCCAGUUUUAGUCUGUGCUCAAAAGAACCAGGUGAAACCCCAGCCCCACUGAAGUCAACACCAAAAUCUGCAUUGACCUCAGAGAAGUAAAUUUAAAGCAAGUCAGCAGUUAGUCAAAGGGAACCCAACCGGGUGAUUCCUGAACUAUCCUUAUCUUCUGCACAUACACAGUACUCUGACACACGUAAGCAAGCUUUGUUUUGUUCCCUUGUUUUUCUUGCCAUUGGCAACACUUAUGGAUGUUGGGUCUAUUUUUUGGCAUUUACUCUGAGAAACCUCAACACUGGAGCACACCACUAUUGUACUUCAUUUUGCUUCUGAUGUAAAAAUUCAGAGAAGAGAAAAACAGUUACAGCAGAACACUUCUGGUACUUGACAGGUUUGGUUCACUGAAACAGUUACAGCAAUGUCCUAUAUUCCUCCUGUACCAGUGCCAUUUUGCCUACUUACACUAAAUUAAGUAACUUUACCAAGUCACUGCCUUCCAUCAUUACUAAACUUUCUGACUGUGAAUAAACACCAUUUAUAGUUAUAUUUGGAGGACUGCUGCCUCAGACAGCUGCACGCUUCACAGAAGUAGCCAAACAAAUCAGGCUUACCAGCUUUAGUUAUCUCUCUGUAUAUUAAGUUAUUCUGUUUAUCAAAUAAGCAUCACUCCUCAAAAACAAGUAAUUGUUUUUGAUAGAAGACAGUUUUUAUCUAGCAUCGCUACUGCCA